AUGGCAGUUUUGAUUUACGGUUGUCUGUGCAUUCCUGUAAAUGAGAAUUAUAAAAAAUUUAGAGAACAUCAGAGCUAUUUAACCAAUUUUACGUGCGGUGUUCCUAGGCCAAGAUUAAUAAAAUCUUCAACCAUUCUAAAGGAAAAAACAAAUGUACGAGAAAUAUCACCGGAAUACACAGUUCUUUAUCAAUGCGACUGUACCGGACUUUGCAGUUCACCAGGCGAGAUUUGCAGAGCAAAAACGGAAUAUGUAAAAUUGUAUUUUAGAUUACAACUUUCAAAUGUUAUUAUCAGCCACGAUGUUCGUAAUGCAACAUCAUGUACAUGUGAUAAAGUUAAAGAAACACCCGACUGCCAAAUGGACAUUUUGUGA